AUGGAUCAGAAUCAGUAUUCGGCGUUCUCGCCAAUAUCAGCAACCGCUACUCGUCUUACUUUCGACAACAUUCCUCUCAACUCUCCUCAACACAAUGGUCCGAAGUCUUCCAAGAAGAAUGCCACACCAAAGCCUCCUGACACGUCAGCAGCACCAGGAAGCAGCGCCAGGCGCAGGAACAGCACACCAGGCUUCAUUUCCGCAGACGGUGCCGAUAUCGUCUCCGUCGACGGUAACCUCAUUUCGCGAGCCAAUCCCUCGCCAGCCUUGGCGAAAGAUGCAUUGGCUGCCAUCGCAGCAGCGUCUUUAAAGCCGGCUCCUCCCAGGUCUGCAGCGAGGCAGAGCCGAGCCAUUGUUCCGGUUGCGGAGACGAGGCUCGAAGAGGAGGAGCAGGUCUGGCAGCGAUACCGGGAGUCAGGGUUGGACGAGGUCGUGGUUCUGCGGAAAGAGCGAGACGCGCUAAUGGAGAAGGCGAACUCGUUGGAUCAAGAGCUCUACGAGUACCAGUACAACAUGGGUCUGUUGCUGAUGGAGCGGCAGAAGUGGUUACCCAAGUACGAGGACGCGCGAGCGGCGCUGGAGGAAGCGGAAGCGGAGCUGCAGCGGGAAGCGACGGCGCACAGGGUCGCUCUGGCGGAAGCGAAGGAGCGGGAAAAGGCUCUACAAGACGCGCUCGCCAUCGAGCAGGACUGCGUCGCAAGCAUGGAGCGAGCUGUGAAGGAGCUGCAGGUGGAGGUGGAGGAGACGAAGAAGCACGCGCGCACGGCGCUGGACGAGGCCAACGCCACCAUGGCUGCCGCGCAGAAGAAGCUGGCGGCGGCGGAGGCGGCUAGCCGGCAGGUGGAGGCGAGCCGGAGCGAGGCGAGCAGGCGCAUUGCGGAGGCGGAGCGGAAGCAGCAGGAGCUGGAGGCCAGGGAGGCGAAUGGCAGGCGCGAAGUUCAGGCGGAGAAGGACAGGCUGGAGGCCAAGGCGCGGGAACUGGAGGCGCAGAAAGGGUCACUGAGUGACUGGGAGGCCAAGUUGAAGCAGCGCAAUGCGAAGAUUCUGGAGAGCGAGGAGAUGCUGGAUGCGCGGGAGGCGCGCAUAGGCGCAGCGAUGGACGAGCUCAAGGCGGCGGAGCAGCAGGCGGAGGCGCGGAAGGCGGCGCUGCAGGAGGAGGCGCGGCGGCUGGAGGGCGUACGAGAGCAGGCGCGGGAGGCGGAGAAGCGCGCGCGGAAGGAGGCGCAGGCGGUGGCGGAGGGGAAGGUGGCGCUGGCGAAGCGGGAGGGCGAGCUGGCGGUGCAGGAGGACCUCCUGGUGGCGCGCGAACAGGACGCGGUGGCAAGGGAGAUGCGCGGCAAGGAGUUGGAGCUGCGUGUGGCGAGCGAGCAGGAGAGGGUGCGCGAGUGGGAGGAGAGCCUGCGGAAGCGGCAAUCGGCGCUGGACGAUCUCAAGGCCAAGCUGGCGAGCGAGAAGAAGGGGCUGGACGAGGUGGAAGCGUCUUUGAGCAGUGGGCGCGUGCAGCUGGAGGAAAUGCAGGCAGAGCUGCAGAGCAAGGAGCGUGCGCUGCUGGCGGAGCGGGAGAGGGUGCAGGCGCAGGAGAACGAGGUGGAAGGGCUGCGCGCGCAGGUGGCGCAGAAGGAGGAGCUGGUGGAGCAGCGCGAGCAGGGCGCGCAGAGGCGCGCGGAGAGGGCGGCGGAGCGCAUGGCGGAGGCGGAGGCGCUGGUGCUGCAAGCGGCGAGCAGAGAGCGGGAGGUGGAGCUGAGGCAGGCACAGCUGGACAGGGAUUUGAGGCGGUUGGAAGUGGCGAGAGCAGAGGCGGACGCGGAGAAGCAGCAGCUGGAGGACCUCCGGGAGAGGGUUCGCUCUGAGCGCGCCGAUUCAGAGGCGGAGAAGCGCCAAGCAGCAGCUGCUCUGGCUAAAGCGGAGCAGACUAUAGCGGAGUCGGGGGUCAAGCGGGAGGCAGCGCAGGCGGAAAUGAAGCGGGCGCAGGAGCGGCUUGAGGAGGCGGAGAGGCGCGUGCAGGAGCUGAGAGCGGAGAAGGAGAGGUUUGAGAAGGAGUGGGAGGUGCUGGAUGGGCAGAGGGAGGAGGUGGAGAGGAUGGAGGUAGAAGUUGGGAAACUGAGGGAGAAAGCACUAGCUGAUGUGCAGAAGGAGAGGGAGGAGGUGAGGAGGCAAGAGAGGGAGGUUGAAGCGAGGUUGGAGAAAGGGAGAGAGGAGUUGGAGGAGGAGAGGAGAGGGAUUGCGGAGGAGUGGAGGAGGAAGGGAGAGGAGGUCGAGGCAGAGAGGGAGGAGGUGGAGAGGGAGCGGGAGAAGUUGCGUGAGGAGAGGAAUGCGCUGGAAGAAGCGUCUGCGGAGGUGGAGGGGCAGAGAGAGGCGCUGAAGGCCGAGCGGGGCGAGCUGAGGAAGGAGAUCGAGGAGAAGAAAACGGUGUUUGCUCAGCUGUCGCAACAGCAUGCAGCUCUGGAGCGGAAGGGGAAGGCGGUGAAAGUGGAAGAGGAGAAGGUGCGGGAGAUGUUGGCAGCGGCGGAGAAGGGUCGGAAGGAGCUGGAGCAGGAGAAGGAAGGGUGGAAGGAGCAGCACCAGCAGAUGCUGAGCGCCGUGCGGGCAGAGCGAGAAGGCGUGGAGGAGGAGAGGAAGCGGGUGGUAGCAGAGGCGCGGGAAGAGAGGGUGAGGCUGGGAGAGGAGGCGGAUGAGGUGGUGCGGGCGAGGAAGGAAGCGGACGAGGGCAGACAGCAGGUGGAGAGGGAGAUGGAGGAACUGGCUUUCCAGAGAGCUGCGUUACAGUCAGAGGAGAUUGAGCUUGGCAGCAGACUCGAGGACGUGAGCGCCCGGGAAUCAGCUCUUGAAGCGGCGGCUGAGCAGCUGAAGGGGAGAGAGGCGGCUGUAGCGGCACGGAUGGGUGAAGUAGAGGCGGCCCUGGCGGCUGUAGCGGCGAGGGAGGAGGAGGUGGUUCGGGCGCGGGAGGGGCUUGUGCGGGAGAGGGAGAGGAUGGAAGCAGAGGUUGAGCAGCAGAAGAGAGUGGUGGAGAUGGAACGGGAAGGAGUGGAGAUGGAAAAGCAGGAGGUUGCGGCGAGGGGCGAGGCGGAGAGGGAGAAGGUUCGGAUUGAGAGGGAGGCAGUGGGGAAAGAGAGGGAGCAGGUGGAGCGAGAGGCUGAGGAGGUCAAGAAGGCCCUUGCGGAGGUUCACAGGCAGAGGGGGUUGCUGGGAGAGGAGAGGGAAGCUGCUAGAGCAGAAGCAGCCGAGCAUCGGGCAGCGAUAAAAUCUCUUGUGGAGGAACGGGCAGCGGCGGAGAGGGGCGCGAAGGAGGCGAGAAACGCGUGGGAGAAGGCCAAGGGGGAGAUGGAUGCCCUGGAGGCUGAGAGGAAGGAGGUGCUGCAGGAGAGAGCGAGGCUGGAUGAGGAGCGGAAAGACUUUGUGAAGAAGAUUGCUUUGGAGAGGGAGAGCGUGGCAGUGGAUAGGAAACUGGCGCUGGAGAAGGUUGAGAGGGAUUCUGCUGGGGUGAAGCGGGAUAGGGAGUCUCUGGCGAAGGAGAGAGCGGCGCUGCUGAAGGAGCGGGAGAGGGUGGAGAAGGAGAAGGAGGGCGUGCAGAAGAAGCUGCUGGAGGUUCGGGUGGAGCGGGAGAAGGCUCGGGAGGAACGGACGAGCACAAGGCAAGAGCUGGCGGAGAGCAGGGCGGAGAGAGUGAAGCUGGGGCAGCAGAAGGCUGAGCUGGAGCGGGAGAUUAAGAUGCUGCAGGCUGAGAAGGCAGAGGUGCAAGGCGAGAGGGCGAAGGCGGAUCGGGCGAGAGAGGAGCUGGAGAGGCUGCGGGAGGGGCUGGUUGCUGAGCGGGCGGAAGUGACUGCUGCUUUGGGGAGGCUGGACAGGGAGCGGCUGGAUGUGGCGGCUUUGGCGAGGCGAGAGAGGGAGGCCGUGGAGAAAGAGAAGGCUGCUGCUGAGGCGAAGAUUGAGAAGGAGAAUGCGAGGCUGGCGAGAGAGAGAGGUGCUUUGGGGAAGGAGAGGGAGGCGGUUGGGAGAGAGAAGGACGAGGUGGUGGGAGCGAGAGAGGAGGUUAGGGCGGAGAGGGUUGCGCUGGCAGGGGGGAGACGGGAACUGAAGAAGGAACAGGCGGAGGCCAAGGCUGCUGCUGCUGAGCUGAAGGCUGCCAGGGCCGCAGCAGAGAGGGAGGCGGAGGGGGCGAGAGUGGCUGCUGCUCGGGCGAGGGCGGAGCAGGAAGCAGCGGUGAAGGCUGAGGAGAGCGUGGCUGCGGAGAGGGAGAAGCUUGCUGCUGCAGCGAGCGAGCUGGAGAAGGAGAAGGAGCUUCUGGAGAAGAUGCGAUCGGCUGCUGCAGCUGAACGGGCGGAAUUGGCUGCUGAACGCGCAGGGAACGAGGGGCUGCUGAGGAAGAUUGAGCAGGAGAGGGAGGUGGCGAGGCAGGAGAGGGAGAAGGAGAGGAGGGAGAUUGGAGAGCGGAUUGCGGAGCUUGAAGGGCUUGAGAAGCAGCAGGCGGAGGCGAUUCAGGCGUCGAGGAACAUUCAGGAGCAGCGGGCACAUCUGCGGGAGGAGAUGGAGGAGUUGGAGAGGGAGAGGGCGCGGCUGAGGGUGGAGGAGGCGAAGGUGAGGGAGGGUGGGAGGGAGCUGAUGAGUGAGAGGGAGAAGCAGAGGGCUGCGCUGGAGAAGGAGAGGGACGAGGCUGCUGCGGCACAGGCUGCCCGUGCUGCUGCGGAGGCUGAUAGGCUGGCAGAGAGGAUCGCGGAGUUUGAGGCCAGGAUGGAAGAGGAGAAGGCGAAGCUGCGGCGGAUGCGGGAGGCGGUGGAGGAGAAGCGGGUUGGGGUGGAGGAGGAGAGGGCGAGGAUUGAAGGCGAGAGGGAGGAGCUGAGGAGGCAGAGAGAGGAGAUGGUGGCGAAGCGGGUGGAGCUAAAGAAGGAGAUUGCAGAGAAGGAAGCAGAGGUGCUGCAGGUGGAGCAGCUGAGGAGGCGGCAGGAGAGGGAGCUGAGGGAGCUGGAGAAGCAGCGGGCUAAGGUGAAGGAAGAGAGGGAGGAGGUGGAGCGACAGAAUCUGGAGUUAGUGUCUCGCAGGGCGAAGGCGGAGGAGGAAGUGGCAACGACCCUGGCUGGAAUUGAGUCUGAGAGGGCUGCUGCUGAAAAGGAGCGGCAGGAGAAGGAGCGGGAUCUUAUGGCCCGCUCCCGGAGGCUGGAUGAGGAGCAGAGGCGGCGGCGGGAGGAGUGGGAGGCUCUGGUGGAAGAGGAGAGGAAGAAGAUGGAGCGGGAGAGAGAGGCGGUGGCGCGGGACAGGGCGGAUACUCAGAGGCACUGGGACGAUGUGCAGAAGAUGAUUCAGGAGCUGCACCAGCAGCGGCGGCAGCUGAAGGAGGAGAAGGAGGCGGGCAGGCGGACGGAGAGUGCGGAGAGGAGGCUGUCGGGCGGGUCGAGCUGGAUUGCUGGCGGGCAUGAUUUGGCGGAGCAGCUGCGGUUUGCGAGGGAGAGGCUGAAUGAGGAGCGGGAAGAUUUCGAGAUGGAGAAGAAGGAGCUUGAGGCUCAGCGUCGGUCAGUGGAGAUGGAGCGAGAGGGCAUGGCACGGGAGGCCGAACGGCUCCGUGUGCUCAAGUCCGAACUCGCCACCAUGGAGAACUCCCUGCUGGGCUCUCCUGCCCAGGCUCAGGCGAAAUCUCAGGUGCCAGCAACAGAGGCAGCCACAGCAGUAGCUGUUGCAGUAGCAGCAGCAGCAGAAGAGGCAGCAGAGGCAGCAGCAGCAGCAGCAGGAGCAGAUCGAGAGGGGGGGUUGUUUACAACUCCUGGAAGAGAAACCGGGGCUAAAUUCGGUAGUGCUGCUGCUGCUGGUGGUAGCAAGUCCCCUGCUGGUGCGGGUCCUUCAGGUAUGGAUGAGGAAAGAGAUACAGGGAAGGAAGGUGACGAGGGGGAGAAGGACGACGGGGAGGGUGUUCCUGAUGCUGACGCUGCUGAUGGGUAUGUGGAUGGGGAUGCUGCAGAGGGGGAUGAGGAUGAGGCAUUCAGGGAUGCAGAGGGGAUGGAAGCUGAGCCAGCAGAUGGUGCUGCUGGUGUGGCUGUCACUGGGGUGGUGGUUUCUGCUGCUGCUGCUGCUGCUGUGCGGGCUGCUGGGGAGGAGCAGGCGGAUGGUGCUGGUGUUGGAGUGGCGGAUGGUGUUGGGGCUGGUGCUGGAGUGGCGGUAGGUGUGGUGGAAGUCGAAGCUCAUCUGGCUGUAGCGACCGUAGCAGGAACGGCCGCUGCAGUGCCCAGCGCUACGGCCGAACCUGCCACACCAGUCAGAGCGCCUGUUGGAAGCCAGACCCCUUCGGGGCGUAUGAGGCGCAGAGGCGGGGCUGGGGAAGCAGACGGGGUUGCAGGGGAGGAGGUGGAUAAGCCGCGUCUCUUGUCGCCGUCGCUGCUUGAGGAGGUAAAGGAGUCUCUCUCCUCUCACCGCCCCUUAGCGGCUUUCGCAGCCAUUGAGAGGAGUCUUCUCGAGGAGUCCGCGCACCGGCGAGUGUUUGAUCAGCUGAUCGCUCCUCUCACUGACCGCCAAGGCCCGUGCGCCAAGGACAGCGCAGUGACGGGUGAGGCCAAGACCGCAGGCAACCGCGCGUUUGGAGAGCAGCAGUAUGCGGAGGCUGUGACCUGCUACAGCAAGCACGCGUUUCUGCUGUACGCGUUUCUGCUGUACGCGUUUCUGCUGUACGCGUUUCUGCAGGGCUUGCAGGGAGCCAGCACAGGGUGCCUCAAGGACAGAAUCUGUGUGUCCCACCCUCUCAUCUUCCAGUCCUCCCCCUCCCGUUUGGGUUGUGCUGGCUCCCUGCAAGCCCUGCAAAUGGGACAGCUAAGGGAGGCUGAAGAGGAUUGCUCCCAUGCCAUCCACCUCUCUCCAUCUUACUGUAAGGCUUGGUUUCGGAGGGGGUGUGUUAGGGCUGCCCGAAAAAAGUAUCACGGCGUUGCAACUGGCAGGGCAGAUUCCACCCAUACUACUGGUGCUACUGGUGCUACUGGUGCUACUGGUGCUACUGGUGCUACUGGUGCUACUGGUGCUACUGGUGCUACUGGUGCUACUGGUGCUACUGGUGCUACUGGUGCUACUGGUGCUACUGGUGCUAGUGGUGCUACUGGUGCUACUGGUGCUACUGGUGCUACUGGUGCUACUGGUGCUACUGGUGCUACUGGUGCUACUGGUGCUACUGGUGCUACUGAUGCUACUGGUGCUAGUGGUGCUACUGGUGCUACUGGUGCUAGUGGCACUACAGGCUCCAUGCAUGGUGCAAGUCCCAAGAUGCUUCAAGACACCACGAAGUCUACCAGUGCUACUACAACACGAGUUGAUGGAAGUAAGGCAUUCGCAGCCCACCUGUCCUCUUUUGACAGCUCCGGCACCACAAAGUCUACCAGUGCUACCAACGCCACCAGUGCGACCAACGCCACCAGUGCGACCAACGCCACCAGUGCGACCAACGCCACCAGUGCGACCAACGCCACCAGUGCGACCAACGCCACCAGUGCGACCAACGCCACCAGUGCGACCAACGCCACCAGUGCGACCAAUGCCACUAGUGCUUCUCAGCAGGCAUGCGCAAGGGCUCCCCAAGACUCGCAUGCAGGGUGGGGCCUUCGGCUCGCUGCAGCGGGUUAUACAAGCAGAGGCACCAGAGCUGCUGCAGCCGGCACAGAGCCAUGCGCUGGUGCUCCCUGCCUGCCAGCUGGCGCUCCCGGCUUGCCAGCUGGCGCUCCUGGCUUGCCAGCUGGCACAGUUGUGCUAGUUGAAGAACCGAUAGUUGCGGCACUCUUGAAGCCGCACCGCUCCUCCUGCUGCCACCACUGCCUGCUGCCCCUCCCCUCCAACCCCUUCCCCUGCCCUGGCUGCUCCUUUGCCCUCUUCUGCCGGCCCCUCUGCGCUGCUAUGGCUCUGGGAGUGGCAACGUCCAUUUCAGAUGCUGCUUCUACUGCCACAGAUGCUGCCUCUGCUACAGAUUCCACAGCUGCUACAAAUGCCCCACCUGCUACAGAUGCUGCCUCUGCUACAGAUACGGGUGCUACAACCGCAUUGGAAAAUGGGGGAGAUACAGGUGCUACAGCAGCGGAGCUGCUACAGCCGGGGUGGAGGGCAGGUGUUACCUGGUGGGGGGAGCAUCUGGGGGAGUGUGGCGGCAGCAGCUGGCAUGCUGCCUUGCCGGUGGAGGCCUGCUUGGUUGGUAGGGUGGUGGGGCAGGUGGGACUGGGGCAGGUGGGAUUCGGGGGGGGUGGACUAGCACAGGGUGAGGGAAGGAUUGAUGGCGGUGUGGAAGGAAGAAGAGGGCUGGGGAGGAGAAGGAGGGGGGUGGAUUCCUUCAUUGCCUUGUGUCAUCAUCUUGGUCCGCUUCCCCCUUCAUCAUUGCUUCUUCACAGUUUGAGAAGAGAGGUAGAAGGGAAGCAAGAAAAGGGAGGAGAGCAGCAGGGAAACGGAAAGGAGGUAGGAGGUGAGGAGGAGGAAGGGGGGGUAGAAAGAAGGGGGAGAGGAGAGGGAGAAGGGAUGGGAGAAGGGAUGGGAGAAGGGAUGGGAGAAGGGAUGGGAGAAAGGGGAGAGUUGCAGCUAGGGCAUGUAUGGCCGGAGGAAGAGUUUGUCCGUCUGGCUCUGCUCGCUAUAGUCACAUCCCAUUGCAUCAACUCCUCCCUCGCUACAGUUGCACUGGAACUAGCACAUGCAAAGGGGGAUAACAGGUGGAAGGACCAGCAUCACCAGCAGCCGCAGCAACAUGCCUUUUCUCUUCAUCACCGUUUGACUCGCUUCCGCGUGUCAAGUCUCCAAGUGCUGGUGGUGCUGGGUCAACUGCGGUUCAAUGCUGUGGCAGUGAGCCAGGUGCAGGGAGGGGAGAGUGGCGGCACUGCUGGUCAACUGGAGGGCAUUGAACAGGUACAGUGGUAA